GCGGUUUGUGGACGCGAAUGGUUACUUAUUGUUUAGGGUGUUGUUGGUCACCGGUAAUGGUGGUUGGAGUUGAUGGUAAACAUUAGGGGCCACAUCGUAAGUACGUCUGUCUUUAUUUACUGUGAAGAUUUAUCAGUAGACUAGUCAAAUACAGCCCAUCUACUGGGUUUACGCACCACUUAGGAAGACAUCAGAAGAGUGGUCGACGAUGGAAAGACAUCAAAUAAACUAAGACCCAAAAAUCAUCCAUUAAAAUAUCGUGUCACGAACUGAAAAGUGAAACUGAAACUCCUCUAGAGUAGAGAAUGACGAAGGAAACACAAAAUCAAAAUGGCCCAGCAGCCGACCCAGAAUCAAGCCGCAGUAAACAGAAGCAGGGGCAUUCUGCAGGGACAAUCCUGACGAAUAGAUCCAAGAACAUUACCAUCAUUACACCCUUUGAUAAGAGAAGAGGUGAACCAGCUAGUUCAUUACGGAAAGGGACAAGAUGGAUGCAUAGAACAACACUUUCCCUGGAUGAGAGAAUAUGGAACAGAGAUUUCAGUACAUCUGCAAAAGCUGCAUUUGGUGGUAGGACGUCAUUAGAUGCUGCAGAGAUACCAGAAAAAUGCCCAACACUUCACAAGUCUCAUUUUGAUAUCGGAUUAGACAGGCAGCAACACCACUCAACACGCUAUGGCAGCGAGUUUGUACCAAGACAUACACAACAUCCCAACAGGUUACACUAUCCGUCCCUCGUCAAUUGGUCUCAUAACGUAACCGGGGAUGAAAUGCAGAAAGUACUUACCAGAAACAACAAUCAGUCAGACUAUUGGACGUCUUAUGGAAGAGUUCACUCUAAGCUUGGACUUGAAAGAGGAGAAGGGGUCCCUCGGCCUGAGCAACCAAAAGACAAAUAUAACUUUAUUACAGGAAAAUACACAAGUCCAGUUGAGGCCAAAGAUCAACAUCUUGUGUCAGGAAACAGAGUACUUCAAGAUGCAAGACGAGAUGCAAAUGAUUACUUUGUGUUAGGAUGAGAUCUCAUCAGUGCAAUUACGAUACCUACCUAAGUACCACCCCAAAAUGAGUUUCUAUGAUUGUAAUCCUGUGGUCAUUCAGUCAGGGACCAGAGGGUUACGAUCAUCGCAAACAAAGAGUUGUUUUUGACAACAAACAGCAUGCGUCGCUCACAGGUUAAUUUACAACAAAACUUUAACAUUUUGAAGUGUUCUACCAAGUUUUUUUUUGAACAAGCACUUAUUAAAAUAUGUGCGUCUUCUUUCGGAAUGGAGGUCUUCAUUUAUAAUGAAACAUAAAAGGCUCUGUCUCCAAGGUGGAUUUAGAUUCAGUUUUAGCUUAGACUUGACUCAAGUCUGACUUGUUCAAUCAUGAUGGUUGACUAGGUCGUCAGCCCACCACCAGACCACAAAGACAGAAGUCUGACUUGGGCAAAGUUUAACCUCAGCUAUAGGUUGCUGCAACAUUGGAAGCUGUAGCCAAUGGCCGUACAGUACCAACAAGAAACUAUACAAUUCACUGUAUAAGUUUAAACGUUUUAUAAGCCUAACAUGGGUUUAUAGCACCUAGACUAUUUGCUGUCUGUCUGUGUCACAAAAUGCCAGAUAAUGAUUGAGUAAAUACAAAUCUACAGCAAUAUACUAUAGGGUUAUAUGGUAGUCUAGCUUACAGUGGUUUAUUAUAAUUAUGCCAAUGAGUUAUGACUUUAUUGGUCAUAAAUGAAUUUCUGUCGGUGAGGACGGCACGUCUGAUGUUUAUUGGUUGCUAGGAACUACAAAAGUGAUUUUAUGUCAUUAAACUAAAAUGGCAUUAUUGUACUUAAAAAACUGUGAGCGAAAAAUCAGAGCUUACACUAGAAGACAUCCCACCCUUUACUUUAAAGACCCUGGACACUAUUGGUUGUUGUCAAAGGCCAGUCUUCUGUGUAUCUCAACAUGCAUAAAAUAAC